UUUGGCCAACAUGAGCACCAUCCCUGCACACUUUACACUCACGAAUCCCGUGCAGUUCGCAGCGGAGAUCGUCCUUCGACCGAGGUGAACAUCAAAGCCCCAUGUCCGUUCCGGUCCCGAUCACUCGGUGUGUCUCGCCAUUAAAGGUGGAGUCUGUUCUUCAUGGCACAGGAUGUCAGUAGGAUAAGGAAGCCGGAGAAUUAGGAACCCGAUACAUAACACUCGCUUGUUGCGGACUGCGAAGCUGCUUUCCUCUUACUUUUUCUUGACCUUCCUAUCGCUUGCUCACCAUCAUUUCGCCAUGGCGCCAGCUUCGGAAGCAGGACUGAAUGUGCUCAUUCUUGGCGGCGGUAUUUCCGGACUUACCACCGCCUUAGCUUUGACCAAAUUCGCCCCGGAAGGCAGCGUUCCCCGGAUCAGAAUAUUCGAAAUCCGUCCGGAGUUGGCCACGAUCGGAGGUGCCGUGAACCUGACCCCAAACGCGCUUCGCAUGCUGGAUCAUCUUGGUGCUCUACCGAUCAUCCGCAAAAACAACUACGGGCGCGACAUCGACUUUCUGGAAGUAUUCGAUGCACACUCCGGAAAGCUGGCAGAAACCAGUUUUCGCGGACCAGAUGGUGAUGGGAUUGGCAAUCCUCCCUACAAAGCACUCCGCAUCACCAGAGGAGAGGCAUUGAAAGGAGUGAUUGCCGCCGUGGAGCAGCACGAGAACAUCAGCAUCACUUGUGGCACCCGAACAGUCAAGAUCGAUGAGACCGCAGACGAGGUCACCAUCCAUUUCGAGAACGGCGAGUCAGCUACUGGAGACCUUCUGAUGGGCUGUGAUGGCAUUCACUCCGUGACCAGGCUGAAACAUGUCGAGCCAGAACGUAAAGCGACCUACUCCGGUGUCUCUAACGCUUUCGGCUUCUCUCCGAUCGCGAAGGACUUCGAAGUUCACUUUGAAUGUACCGCCAUCAAUUUCGCUCGCCGUGGAAUGCUACUGACCAGCUUCCAUUCCCCCGAGGCAGACUCGGUGUACGUCGGCGCAUUGAUGCAGGUGGAGGACAUCGGAUCUCGAGAUGGCUGGAAGUCUGUCGGAGCAGACGCUGAGAAGACUCGAGCGCAGUUGUUGGAGCGAUUCGGCGAUGCGAAGAUACCUUGUAUCAGGCCACUGAUCGAGAACGCCAAGGACUUCUUCCUCUGGCCGGUCUUCACUCUGACUAAUGGAGGAAAGUGGUCAACGGACCGAGUGAUGCUGCUUGGAGAUGCCGCACACGCCAUGCCGCCACAAGGCGAAAGCACCGGCAUCGUCUUCGAAGACACCGUCCUCUUCUCCCGCUGCCUCACCCGCUGGAUCGAAAAAGGGAAGCCCAACACCAUGAAGGAGGCAUUUAACGCAUACGAGAAUCUCCGAAGGAAGAGGAUCGAUACUGCGUUUGAAGAGUCGAAGAAUGUUGUGAAGACUGUCUCUGAUGCAGGCUGGCUUGGGCACACCAUCAAGACGUUUGUUGUGCCGUGGUACUUGUGGUUCACCAAGAACUACCGCGAGGCGCACUUCAUUGAAGAUGUUACGACGACUGAUAUUGGAUACGAUUGA